CGUCUACACAGAUUUCAAAAGCGUCGACCUCCAUUUUGAAAACAUGGUGGCUGGCCGCGCUACCCGUAGGCGCACGUGCCCACCGCGUGUCUCAGCGCGAGCUUCGAGCUCGCGAGCUAAAGAUCAUGUCGCCCACUCAUUUUCCUGUGUUUCCCCAUUUCUUCGAACUCGCUCAGCUUUUGCUUCGCUCGUGCUUCAGCUCCACGCUGUAGUCUGAGUUUAGUUCUCUUGUCUUCUUCCAGCAGAAUACUGCAAACUCUACAGCACGUCGAGCUCCUCCUAGAAGAGUUUCUUUUGCGUCGAGGCAGACUGUCGAUCGUUUCAGUCCUAUCUUGCCGUCGUCUCAUGAGCGCCCCGGAAAGCAACAGGAUCUAUUUUCUUGUCGUUCCAUUUUCUGGCGAACUCAUUCACCUACUACUUCUUCCUUUAUGAAAGCUUCAGGUGGCUGAGUUCUCCCACUAGCGACAAUCAUGCCUUGGAAAAGAACAGGAUAUUCCUAAGGUAUAUACAGCCAGUGCAGUGAUGUCAGUGUACUGCGCGUACUAGUAGUUGUUUGUUUUGUCGAGAAAGAAUCCCUUUCGCACUCGCGCGGGCCGCGAGGGCGCAGCACGGAAACAGGUCUAUUGAAUUCAUUUCUUGGUCGAUUUCGACAACCAAUACGUCGUUGUUUUUCUUUUUUCACUGGCUAUCCUUUCUCCGCUUCCGAAUUGCGAUGCCGUCCACCUGGAAAGCCUUGAAGUGAAACGAGUGGAGGCCGGUUUCGGAGGUAAUUUUCGGCCAAACGGCAAUCAAAUCGAAAAAUUCGAAGCGGACGAUCUGUUGGUAUCUAUCGAAAGAAGACGUUGGCCCAUAAAAAAUCUUUGGAAACUACACCGUAUGAACCAAGGAAUUACGGUAAGUUUGAGAAUUUUGGUACAUUAGCUGUACGCUGAUUGGUCGAUUUGCGCGACCGUUGAGAAACGGGCCAGUGACGCUUUGUACAGCGUUGGUGAGGGCUGAAAGUAGAACUACGAUGAAUGAAUGAACCCGUUGGGAAAAUACGAACAGGUGCUCGAGUUUUUCCACGUAGCAGCUAAACAUUUGUUUCGGCAAUGAUUUGGCUUUUUGAUCAGCUGAUGAAGUUCACCAAAGAACACGCACUGACAGGUUUGCACUGCGUAACCCUGUGACUCUUCAUUUCUACUUCCUCAACCAAUAACUUCUUCUUCUCGGCCGAAAGCGAGUGAACAGUUUGAGGAUGAAUUGACGGAUUCCGCUCUUCCGAUCUCCGUUUCUUUGUGGGCUGCACAUCAAUACCGGCGCAAAGAUGCCAAUCUCUGUGAAGGACUAUGAGUGGAGUGAGACGCUAACGGAGGUGCAGAUAACAGUGCCGCUGAAGGGAGUGGCCCCUGGCAAAGUCGACAUUCUCUCGACGGACACGUACGUGAAGGUCAGCUAUCCACCGUUCCUGUUCGAGGUUAUCUACUAUGACGAAGUGAACGAGGCCGAGGGGCAGGCCAGAGUUGGCAAUGGCGUGGUGCAGAUGACGCUGAAGAAGAAGGAGAGCGGACUGUGGAGCCGGCUAGCAAAACCAACAGCCACCGAUGCUGGCAGUGAAUCUGUUGAAUCAGGCGAGAAGCCACUAACGAAAGAAGAAAUUCAGAAGCUGCGAGAACAGGCUUUGGAUGAUGCAAGGGAGAGAGCACAGCUGGCCGACAAGCAGAAGAGAGAACGUAAGGAUGAGGAGCGGCGUGAAGCGGUUAAGCGGCAGAUUGAUGCCGACGAUGUAAAGAAGGAAGAGAAGGCUGCCGCUCGCAAGGCGGUGAUAGACGAAGCAAUGACGGAGCUUGAUGAGUGGAGAGAACAGCAGGCCAGGGAGAACGCGGAAACGGGAAAGAAUGGCCGACACGGUUCAGCACGGCCAGCUACAAGUACUGCAUCAUCGGUAACAGCAAAGUCGGGAAAGAAGUCACAGAAACGGGGCGAUGAACCCACCAAUGGUGGUAAGCAUGGCGCACUGCCGCCUGUACGACAGAGCGGGAGAAUCACCGUCUCCUUCACGCCCAGGUCAUUUACGACGCCGAUGAGAGAGAGCAAGGUGGACGAAGAAGAGGCAUGGCUGAAAAAGCAACGGGAUGCGGCCAAGUCUCAGCAAGAUUUCGACGAUGAGAACAAAGAUCUGGAGGAAAGAGACCCUCUCUGGCUGAAAGACAAGGGGAAUGCAUUCUACAAGCAGGGUAACUACCAGUCGGCUGUCAAUGUCUACACGUUUGCAAUUCGAAAAGGUGGAAAGAUGCCUGCGUUAUACUCGAAUCGUGCAGCCUGUCACAUGCAUCUACAGGAUUACGAACGGUGCAUCAAGGACUGCUUUUCGGCUAUGGAUCUGCUAGAACCACCUGUGGAAGACAACCGCAUGGCAAGAGUCAAAGUGCUUGCUCGGCGAGGUGCAGCCCUAGCAAAGUUGGACCUGCUUGCUGAAGCAUUAAAGGACUACCAGGAAGCUCUGAAACUAGAUCCGUCGAAUGCCGCACUAAGUGCAGAUGAGCAGAGGCUGAGAUCAACUAUUCAAGGAUCGACGGCUUGACUGGCAUUACUUUCAUGUCAUUCUCUACUGCAGGAAUGCCAUGUUGUGGAGAAACUUGACUCUUGAGGGAAGAUGAACAAUUCCAUCAAUGCAUAGGCCAAACAAAGUUACUUGUCUGUUUGA